CUUUAAUCUCUUUUUCUUUCUCCAGAUUUCUCUUCUCUUUGUUUGUUUUCCCCUAAUCUCUUUUUCUUUCUUUCUUUCCAUUUUCGUUCUUCAAUUCUUAUAUUCUGAUUUUAUUCCUUACCAAAAAUACACACAUCAGUGUUGUGUGAACUUCUCUUACAUAAACACUAGAUUUUCUCGAGAAAGAUAUUUUGCACUAGCGUUGAAAUUUUGGUCUAUUUUUAAUUACAGAAUCUCGAGACUCUUGUUACAACGUUGUACAAACACAAACACUACACCAAUUUAUGUUUUUACCUUAAAACAACAAAAUGCACGUUUAGUUUAAAUUACACUCCUUAGCUCAGCAAUUUUUUGUUGUUGUUCUUUUUUAAGAAGAAAAAUAAAAUCACUUAGAUGUAAAUAUUUUUUUUUCGUGAAAUUUUAUGCUUAUGUUUGAAAUUUGAGAAUUGGGGGAUUCAGAUUUGUGAUUUAGAUGAGGUUAUGGUUGUGUUUUACUUCAGAUUUGAAGAAAAUUGGAAGUGAUUAGAAGAAUGAAUUUCAAGGGUUUUGGGAAUGAUCCAGGAGCCUCCGGCAACGGAGGUGGGAGGAUAGCGGCGGGGAAUUUUCCGCUGACGAGGCAACCGUCAGUGUAUUCGCUGACUGUUGAUGAAUUUAUGAACAGUAUGGGGGGUUCUGGAAAAGAUUUUGGGUCAAUGAACAUGGAUGAAUUGUUGAAGAAUAUUUGGAGUGCUGAAGAGGUUCAAACAAUGGGUGGUGAAGAAGCUAUUAGUAAUCAUUUGCAAAGACAAGGUUCGUUGACGCUGCCGCGAACUCUUAGUCAGAAAACGGUUGAUGAGGUUUGGAAGGAUAUUUCUAAGGAUUAUGGUGGUCCUAAUUUGGCUGCACCAAUGACUCAGAGACAACCAACUUUGGGGGAGAUGACUUUGGAAGAAUUUUUGGUUAGAGCUGGUGUUGUUAGAGAAGAUGCUAAGCCAAAUGAUGGUGUUUUUCUUGAUCUUGGUAAUGUUGGAAAUAAUGGUAAUUUGGGUUUGGCUUUUCAGGCUCAGCAGAUGAAUAAAGUUGCUGGCUUUAUGGGGAAUGGUAAUAGAAUUAAUGGUAAUGAUGAUCCACUUGUUGGUCUUCAAAGUCCUACUAAUUUGCCUUUGAAUGUUAAUGGGAUUAGAUCAACAAAUCAGCAACAACAGAUGCAGAAUUCACAGUCUCAGGCUCAGCAACAACAUCAGAAUCAACAACUUCAGCAACUUCAACAGCAGCAGCAGCAGCAGCAAAUAUUUCCAAAGCAACCUGGUUUGAACUAUGCAACUCAGAUGCCUUUGUCUAAUAAUCAAGGAAUGAGAGGUGGAAUUGUAGGGCUUUCUCCUGAUCAUGGAAUGAAUGGUAAUCUUGUGCAAGGUGGAGGGAUUGGAAUGGUUGGUUUGGCACCAGGGGCUGUUCAAAUCGGUGCUGUCUCACCGGCUAACCAGAUAUCUAGUGAUAAAAUGGGAAAGAGUAACGGUGAUACUUCUUCUGUUUCGCCGGUUCCUUAUGUUUUUAAUGGUGGUAUGCGAGGGAGGAAAGGUAAUGGAGCUGUGGAGAAGGUAAUUGAGAGGAGGCAGAGAAGAAUGAUCAAGAAUAGGGAGUCAGCUGCUAGAUCCCGCGCUCGCAAGCAGGCUUAUACCAUGGAAUUGGAAGCAGAAGUCGCAAAGUUAAAAGAAGAGAAUGAAGAACUUCAGAAAAAGCAGGAAGAAAUCAUGGAACUUCAGAAAAAUCAAGUUAAAGAAAUGAUGAAUUUGCAACGAGAAGUCAAGAGAAAAUGCUUAAGAAGAACACAAACUGGUCCAUGGUAGAUUGAAGAUUGGAUUAUGAUUCCGCAGUUAAAAACAUUUUGUAAAUACACAUAAAUACAUGUUUUUCUGUAGAUUGAGGCUUUUGUAGUUUAGAUUAGCACUUGAAAACUUUGAUAUCUUGCUAACAGUUUGCAUAGUUAGGGAGGAUAUGCACAGUAGCGUGAAAAUAUGUUUCAGUUUGCGUCCAAAAUCAUGCCACCAUUGAUUAGACAAUCUUGUGCAGAACACCUUCACUGGAUUUGAUUCCGUGAGUAAAAUAUGUGUACGUACUUCUAUUUAAUGCAUUAUCCAUGAAUUUGGACCAAUGGUUAUCCACA